AUGGACAGCGACAGCGGCUUGAGCGACCUGUCCUCAGAGCUCAGCUCCGUCAGAUCUGUGUCGCCUCCACCUCUCGAUUACCCAUCUCCACAGUCAACUCAAGAGAAUGGCGGAAAUAUCUCCAGUGGUCAGGAUGAAUUGCGAAAGCGCCCUCGAGAAUCAGACAAUCUACCUCCGGCGAAGAAGAGAAAGUCAGUGGAGGCGAAGCCAAGGACCACCGUUCAUCUAGAUCUGAAAUCGCCAUCACCUGCGGCUGACCAGAGCUCUCAAUUGGGUCUAUUACUGAAGGUUUUGCGGAAGAGGAGAAAAAUCGUCGUGAUUGCUGGGGCUGGAAUUUCUACUGCUGCUGGAGUCCCCGACUUUCGAUCGUCAAAUGGCCUCUUCAACACUCUCAGGAGCGAUAAUAAGCUAAAAGCUUCCGGCAAGCAUCUAUUCGACGCUUCAGUCUAUCAAACGGACGACUCAACGUCCUCUUUCCACGACAUGGUUCGCACACUGUCGCAACUCGUCAGCGACGCAAAGCCUACCAUAUUUCAUGAGAUGCUCGCAACCCUCGCAAGCGAAGGCCGGCUCAUGCGCCUGUACACGCAGAACGUCGAUGGCAUAGACACUUCGCUCCCACCCCUGAUCACAAAGGUUCCAUUGGAAAACAAAGGACCAUGGCCCCAGACGAUUCAGUUGCACGGAAGCUUGGAGAAGAUGGUGUGCACCAAAUGCAACAAGCUCUCCCCUUUCGAAGCCGCCUUAUUCAGCGGUCCAGUACCACCACUGUGCACUCAGUGUGUAGAAAACGAUCAGAUCCGCACCGAUGUUGCCGGGAAACGAAGUCAUGGCAUUGGCAGACUUCGUCCGAGGAUGGUCUUAUACAACGAGUCAAACCCGGACGACGAGGCGAUUGGAGCUGUAGUGAAGGCGGAUCUUCUGAAGCGGCCUGAUGCAGUCAUUGUAGUGGGCACAAGUAUGGAGAUUCCAGGUGUCAAGAGAAUGGUUCGGGAGAUGUGUGGGAUAGUAAGGGAUAGAAGAGACGGAGUUGCAAUAUGGAUCAAUCGCGGUCCACCACCGAUAGGCAAGGAGUUUGAGGAUUGUUGGGAUCUCGUGGUCGCGGGAGAUUGCGACAAGGUUGCCCAACGGGUGAACAUGCGGCGGUGGAACGAUGAAGGCAACGACUACAAGGACUGUACCGAAUCCGAGGCAGAAAGGGCAAAGGAGAAGGAUCCUGGUAUUAAAGUGCUCGUCAAACCAGCAAAGAGGAGGAGUGUUACUCCAAAGAGGGAUGUGUCGCCCAAAGAUGGGGCCACACCUGCCAUGAUGACCCCAGGAGAAAGUCCUAUGUCGAAAGCGACAAAGCUUCCAAAAGCCUUCACCAUUCCCCCGUUAAAGCUUUCGGAUACGAAAGAGAAUUCAAAGUCAGAGAGUCGUCCGAAAGGAGCAGGAAAGAAGAACGGUGUCAAGAACACGUCGAUAGGCAAGACCUCGAGCUCAAAGAUCUCAAAGACAUCGGAUAAUUUGAAAAUCAACUUCAAAGUCACCAAGCCCCACAAACCUCUUACCGAUUCAGCAAAGCCAGCCCCGCCUUCAAAUGCCCCUCGUUCGCCUAGUAAGGAGAAAACGACGAAGUUAAUGAAACCUCGCCCAUCACCUACGAACCAAGAAAAAGCGAGAAGAUUGCUUGCUAGCAUCAACGAGCCCUUCGAUGAUUCGGCGAUUCCAAUGAUGCCCAUAUCACCGCAAUCAGCGCGCAAUAACGGUCCUGUGAGCCCUUCUGAUUCACCGCUUGAGAGCGUCAAGCUUGAGAAAGUCGAAAUACCGAUAAAGCUCGAAAUACCUCCCAAGGUCGACGAGAUCCAGGACCCUCGUAAACUCAAGCGAAUGAGCGAAGAGAGAAUUUCACCCACGGGAAGCGUACCGUCCGGAAUGGCUCAGCUACUACAUUUUUGA